AUAAAAAAGGAAAAAAACCGAAACUUUUUUUUUUUGAAAACCCAAAAAGAGCAAGUAGAGAAAAGAAAACACCGAAAUUACAAUUACACAGCAAAAGAAGAGGAGACGAGUUUAGCAGAAGAGAAAGCUCUUUCCCGUUGUAAUCAAUCUUCACAGAGCACACAAAGCAGAGAUUCCUAGCUGCUUCCGAUUCCAGGUUUUGAAAAGGGAGAGAACUCUGUUAACUCGACUGGUGUGGCCUCUUCAACCAACCCUUCACCAGGCCUGCUUCGUUGCUUCCUCCGCCUUCGCCUUUAGCGUUCCUGUAAGUUCACUGACAUGGAAGCUGAAGCUGAGAAGAGCUUAGUUAAGAGAAAUUUUCUCAGAGACAAUGAAGUAAAGAUUCAAAUGUUGUGGAAAGAGCAUGAUGUUUACAGGGCUGAAUCUUGUGAAAAGCCUCCUGAACUGGGGGAGAAGUUCUUUGGAAACUUCCCAUUCCCUUACAUGAAUGGUUCUUUGCAUCUUGGACAUGCAUUCUCACUCUCAAAGCUAGAGUUUUCUGCACGUUAUCAUAGGUUAAGAGGUGCCAAUGUUCUCUUGCCUUUUGCUUUUCACGGCACUGGCAUGCCCAUCAAAGCCUCAGCUGAUAAGCUUGCAAGAGAGAUCAAACAGUUUGGGAACCCGCCAGUGUUUCCCCAAAGUGAUGAAGAGGAGCAAGGGAACCAGCAGGAAGCAGAAGAUGAAAAAGCAGGUGCACCUUCAGAUAAUAAGUUCAAGGGAAAGAAGUCCAAGGCUGCAUCAAAAUCAAGUGGACAAGCAUACCAAUGGCAAAUUAUGCGUAGUCUUGGACUCUCUGACAGUGAGAUACCUGAAUUCCAAGAACCGUCUAAGUGGUUGAACUAUUUCCCUCCAUUGGCAGUGGAAGACCUAAAGGCUUUUGGCUUGGGAUGUGACUGGAGCCGCUCCUUUGUUACUACAGACUUGAAUCCAUAUUUUGAUAAGUUUGUGAGGUGGCAGAUGUGGAAAUUGAAAGAAAUAGGUAAGAUUGUGAAAGAUAAACGUUACACAAUCUACUCUCCAUUGGAUGGACAGCCAUGUGCAGAUCAUGAUAGGGCAACUGGUGAAGGAGUUCAGCCCCAAGAAUACACAAUCAUCAAAAUGGAGGUAGUGGCACCUUUUCCUGCUAAGUUGGGAGUAUUGGAAGGGAGGAAAGUUUUCCUUGCUGCAGCAACAUUGAGACCAGAAACCAUGUAUGGACAAACAAAUGCAUGGGUUUUGCCCGAUGGAAAGUAUGGAGCCUUUGAAAUCAACGACACUGAUGUAUUUGUUCUUACUCAGAGAGCAGCACUUAACCUCGCCUAUCAGGAGUAUUCUAGAGUCCCUGAGAAGCCUACUUGCUUGGUUGAUCUCACUGGUUAUGAUUUGAUUGGUCUUCCAUUGAAAUCGCCACUUGCACUCAAUCAGAUCAUUUACGCCCUUCCAAUGUUGACAAUCCUAACAGACAAAGGUACUGGGAUUGUGACCAGUGUCCCUUCUGAUGCUCCUGAUGAUUUUAUGGCCUUGCAUGAUUUAAAAUCGAAGCCAGCUUUCAGGUCAAAAUAUGGUGUGAGGGAUGAAUGGGUCAUGCCUUUUGAUAUUAUCCCAAUCAUUGACAUUCCCGAAUUUGGAGAUAAGGCUGCAGAAAAGGUGUGUGUAGAUCUCAAAAUCAAAAGCCAGAAUGACAGAGAGAAGCUAGCAGAAGCCAAGAGGUUGACCUAUUUGAAAGGAUUUACAGAAGGAACAAUGCUUGUGGGAGAAUUCAACGGAAGGAAAGUUCAGGAGGCGAAAGCACUGUUAAGGAGCAAGCUGAUAGAGGCAGGUGAUGCAAUUAUGUAUAGUGAACCUGAGAAGCGCGUAGUGUCAAGGUCGGGUGAUGAAUGUGUUGUGGCAUGUACAGAGCAAUGGUACAUCACAUAUGGUGAAGCAGAAUGGAAAAAACAGGCUCAGGAGUGCUUAUCCAGCAUGAACUUUUAUUCUGACAUGACACGGCAUGGAUUUGAACAUACAUUGACUUGGUUGAAUCAGUGGGCUUGUUCACGAUCAUUUGGGCUUGGGACGCGCAUUCCCUGGGAUGAAAAAUACUUGGUUGAAUCGUUGUCUGAUUCCACCAUUUACAUGGCUUAUUACACCAUUGCUCACUUGUUGCACAAUGAAGACAUGUAUGGGGGUUCCAGCACAUCUGGGGUUACACCUGAGCAAAUGACCAAUGAAGUUUGGGAUUUUAUUUUCUGUGAUGGUCCAUUUCCAAAAUCAUCUGAGGUGUCACAAUUAAUUCUGAAUAAGAUGAAGCAGGAGUUUGAGUACUGGUAUCCUUUUGAUCUUCGAGUGUCUGGUAAGGAUCUAAUCCAAAAUCAUUUAACCUUUUGCAUUUACAACCACACAGCGAUAAUGUCCAAGAAGCACUGGCCUCGUGGAUUUAGAUGCAAUGGGCACCUCAUGCUCGAUUCAAUGAAGAUGUCCAAGUCCACAGGGAACUUUAUGACAUUGCGUGAGGCAAUUGCAGAAUAUUCUGCUGAUGCCACACGGUUCUCUUUGGCUGAUGCUGGUGAUGGUGUUGAUGAUGCAAAUUUUGUUUCUAGUACUGCGAAUAAGGCCAUCCUAGAUCUCAGUAAAGAGAUCUCCUGGAUGGAAGAACAAUUGGGUGCAGACAAGUUGAGAAUAGGUCCCCCUUCUACUUUUGCUGACAUGGUCUUUGAAAAUGAGAUGAAUAUUGCUGUGAAGAUGACUGAACAGAAUUACCAGACUUGCAAGUUCCGAGAGGCCCUUAUUACUGGCUUUGUUGGUCUUCAAGCUGCCAGGAAGUGGUACUGGAUUUCAUGUGGCUCUCAAGAAAUGAACCGUGAUUUGGUGUGGCGCUUUAUGGAUGUACAGACACGUUUGAUUGCUCCAAUCUGUCCACAUUAUGCAGAAUAUGUCUGGAGGGAGCUUUUGAAGAAGGAUGGGUUUGUGGUAAAUGCAGGCUGGCCUGCAGCUGAUGCUCCAGACUUAACCCUCCAGAGUGCCAAAAAGUAUGUGGAAGACUUGAUUGGUUCAAUGAUCAAGCUGUACAACAAGCAAAAGGCAAAUUUGACCAAUAAGAAGGUGAUAGGCUUGAUAUAUGUUAAGGAACAAUUUGAUGAAUGGAAGGUAGAGUGCUUGAGGAUACUCCAGAAUAACUUCAACAGAGAGACUCGUUGUUUUGCUGCAGACAGUGUCAUAUUGGAGGCAUUGCAAAGUAGUUCUCUCAAUCAGGGUAAAGAUUUUAGACAAACCCAAAAGCUUUGUAUGCCUUUCUUGAAGUCAAAGAAGAAGGAUGCAGUUGAACUUGGGGCUCAGGCCUUAGACUUAAAGCUACCAUUUGGAGAGAUUGAGGUCCUUCAACAGAACUUAGACUUGGUUAAGAGACAAGUCAAACUUGAAAAGGUGGAAGUUUUGUCUGCUACCAACCCAGAUGAUCGUGCUAAAGCGGGCUCUCAUGCGAAACAGAUAGAGCAAAAUCCUCCAUCCCCUGGAAGUCCAACGACCAUCUUCUUGACCUGUUAAUUAGCUAUAAUCUUUUUGGUUGAUAUCUACAAUUUACGUACAGAACUCUCUGUCAGAUUAGUUUGCUCACUUAAAUUGUGUGGGUUUUUCUUUUAUUUAUUAUUUAUUUUUAUUAAAGUUCAAGCGUGGUUGCUUCUGUUUUCAACAAUUUCAGUCAAAUGAAGAAACUAGAUCAACUUUGUGAGUUCCAAAGUUCAAAAUUGGAGUUGAGUGGGGCUAACAAUCAAAGACAGAUCCUGGAAUAUUCUCCAGAACAACAUCAUAUUGUUCUUCAAAUUGGUGAAAAUAAUUUGGAAAACCUGG